AUGACAACUGAAAUGAGACCAUUCCUUUGCGAUAGCAUCGACAAGUCAUUAUUACGAAGUGGACCUCACCUGCAGGAAGUUAUUUUCAAUACUCCUGGCACUCUGGUAGAAGCUGACGCUGAAAAUAAAGUUGAUGUGUUCAAGGUUUUGGUCGAAAAGUUGAACAAUUACUUUACACCAAAGCGAAAUUCAACGUUCGAGCGGCAUCUGUUUAGAAGCAUUGCGCCAUUGGAAGGAGAACCAUUUAACAAAUUUGUAUUGCGUUUAAGACACCAAUCCUCUAAAUGUUGUUUUGGUGAAACCAAAAGUGAAAUCGAAGACAUUGCUUUGAAGGACAAAAUUAUUGAUUCUUGGGCUAGCGUAGAUUUAAGGAAACGUCUCCUUGAAAAGGAGCAAAGCUUAAAUGAAAUUAUUGAGACGUGCCAGAUUAAUGAACAAAUCCAAAAGCAAUCGCAAAGCAUGAUUUCUAAGCAGGAUAGUGAAGUGGUUAAUAAAGUAUAUUCAACUAUGCAAAAGGGUAGACGAGGAGGUGGUGAGUGUUCCAGAUGCGGUCAACUUGGUCAUGUGAGUUUUGACACAAACUGCCCGGCAAAGAAAUCGAAAUGUAACAAAUGUGGGUUAGCGGGGCACUAUGCUCGGAAAUGCAAAACUAAAGGCUUAAAGCGGAAACAUGAAGAAGCGGGGUCGGGUACCUCAAAACAAAGGAAGUUUCAACCAUCAAAGGUAAGGUGUAUUGGGAAACUCGAAGACGAUUUUUCAGACAACUCAGGUGAAUAUGAUUGUCUUCAGGUAGAAACUUCUACGUUAAUGAAUGAAUUUAUAAAAUGCAACAUCGGGGGGCACGAAGUCACUAUGAUUAUAGACUCGAGCUCGCGGUUUAAUUUGUUAAGUCAACAAGCCUGGGACGAAUUAGAAAGUAGCAAAGCAAUUAGGUGGAACAUUCGCACUGAAACUGUAAAUCAAUUUAAAGCAUACGCGGCCAAUCAGCUUUUGAAAGUUCUGUAUGUUUUUGAGGCACCAGUGGGGGUCAGAAAACAAUCAGAAAAGAUCGCCACUUUCUACGUUAUUAAAGAUGGCAAGCAAUCUUUGCUUGGUCGCGAUACUGGCAUCCAGCUUAAAGUAUUACAAUUGGGUCUGGGGGUGAACAACGUUGAGAUGAUGAAGGCGUUUCCUAAAAUUUCAAAUGUAAAAAUCAAAUUGUCGUUGGAUCCGGCCAUAAAACCGGUUAAGCAACCAGUACGUCGUAUCCCAAUUGCACUUGAGAGAAAGGUCGAAGACAAGUUAAACGAAGCACUAGCCAAAGACAUUAUUGAGCCGGUUACGGGGCCAUGCGGUUGGGUUUCACCAAUUGUUGCUGUUUUCAAAGAGGGUGGAGAAAUACGCCUAUGUGUGGAUAUGCGUAGGGCUAAUCAGGCGGUCUUGCGCGAAAACUACCCACUCCCAACUUUCGAUAGCAUCAUGACAAAGUUAAAGGAAGCCAAGUUCUUUUCUCGCCUAGACCUCAAAUGGGCUUAUCAUCAAUUGGAGCUUGAGGAAUCAAGUCGUGAGAUUACCACUUUCAUAACCCACAAGGGAUUAUUUCGCACCACAGGGACAGCUCCAACAGAACUCAUGUACAAUCGCGUUAUUAGAGACAAAAUACCUGGAAUACACGACAUAACGGAUGAUAUGCUGGACUCGGCAGCUAGAGACCUCGACAUAAUGAACAAGCAAAAAGGGAAAGAGAAAGGGGAUAUGGCAAGGAAAGCAAAGCCGUCCGAUAUAGCUCCGGGGGAUAAAGUACUACUUCGAAAUGUCGUUUUCUCACAUAAGCUAACACCAACGUUUGACCCCACGGAGUAUGAGGUCUUAGAUCGGGAUGGAAAUGAAGUUACAGUGAUGGGGAAUGGGAAAUGA